AUGUCUUCGGCAACAAGCCGCUGUAGGUCUCAGCAGAGCAUUCUCUCCCUUGACAAAAGCGAGGAACCUUUCGCUGUUCAAAUCGCCCAAGCGUGCGGCAUCCUUGAGAUUGACCUUGAUGGGCACUGGAAAGCCUUUCAGAAUUCAGUUGAUGGGCGAGUGCUGCAGCAACACACCACCUCUGACCCACGAGCGGAAUGGGCACUAAGAUGGCUGCUCAAGAAACUGCAAUACUCGGACUUAUCUCCAGGCAGUCCGCACCUACAGCCCAAGUCAUGGGUAUUACUUCAGGAGCUGGUCAUACGUACUCCACUUUCGAGCGUGGCACGACUACUCACCGCACACCAGUUUACAAGUGUCCUACGAAAUACUUUGGGGUGGCUUCAAAAACAAGUGAGCCGUGUAACGGUAUCUCCGGAUGUGGGAGUAGGAAAUAAAGACUUAAUGGACCAGCUCGAAGAUAGCUCUGACACGGUGGAGAGCUCCUCCAGUAAGCGUGGGACCUCAAAAAAGCGCAAAUUGGAUGGAACAGUGGUCACUGCGUCUGAGGAAACGGUCAGUACUGCUACCGGCGCCUUCAGGGUGCUGUAUUUGGCAAUUUGCGGUAGUAUCAGGCAGCUGGAGUUUUUAACAAUGGACCCGGAAAAGACACAAGGGUUUGCGGUGGAGCACAUGAAGAGUACUCUGCAAAUCUCUCCGCAGGAUGCGGCUCAUGUAUUGGGAAGCUCUUUCUACCUUACGAAUCGUAUCAUACAGACACCUCAAAAACGUUCGCACCAGAAAAGAGUACUUACAGUGGGACUUCAGAAGCUAUUAGCAGACACUGGCUAUAGGUCUUGCAUACUCCCCGUGGUUGCCCUCUGGAACCGACGAUCCCUUUUAGGACAGCACUCAUCCACUUCAAGCAAUAGUGCAUUCAUGGCUUCUUGUAUGCUGCCCGUUCUCCAGCUCCUGGAUACAUGCCGACAACGUCCGGCACCCGGGGAGGAAAUGGCAGAAAUGAUCAGAUGUUUAGAAGGGUUGCUUAUCGAUUUUAUUGUACUGCCGCUUCGCAGCUCUUUCCAGGACCUGGAGCCUCCAACUGAGCUUGAGAAAGAGGUAUCUUUUACUUCUUUUGGUGAUCGGAUGGUCUCUUCGCUGAGACGAUUUCUUCCGCAGCUCGAGAGCCCGUUUCUUCGGGCAGAUUGGAAGACUGAUAAGCACCUUGCACUCACGAUAUUAUCGCUUCUGUUCGAUAUUGCAAUCAGAUGCCGCCCUCGAGAUACUCCCAAACUACGCAGGCUUGAGAAUCCGUGGCUAGAACAGCUUUUCAUCAACCUCGCAAAGUGCGCUGAAACCCUUUUUCCCCCUUUCUCAUCAGUCAGAGCGCAGAAAGACCACAUCCGGGUGAUCAAGUGGAUGUUGCGCAAAGCUGUGGAUCAUCAGGUGCAAUUGAGCCCUUCCACUAUUGAGGCACUUCUGGAUCAAGCUUCAGGCCUGUUCCAGAAUACUGAUGACAGUCACACCGAGACUCGCGUUGAUGUUGAGGAUGAUAGUCAAAUCGAAUGGGGCCUCGUUAGCUUGUGCAUACUCAACGACUCAAACACCUUUGUAGUUCCGUCUUCUUCAGCUAGUGACAACGGGACGUAUGCAUACCGACCCCCUAACAAAUAUCUAUCUGCUUUACUUCGAAAUAUCACUGACGAAAUGUGCUACGGAUCGUUGGAAGAGGACAAGAACUACGAUUUCAAGCUUCUACAUGUCAUUAAACCGCUCUGCAGCGCCUUCACAGAUGCGCGGGACUUGACUGGAUGUCUAGAGCAUUGGAGGGAGCAGCUUAGCAUAGUUCAAGGCCGACAAGAAUCCAAGCGGAACUACUUCGAGCUAAUUCCCAGUAUCUGGGAAGAUGAAAGACUACUCCUGCACGUUGCACAAGUGGUAGAAUCAUCGCUCACUGCAGGCCAAGUUGAUCGAGUCCUAUCAACAGCUACUCGUGAUCUAGCGCCUUCUAUCCCGAAUGUACUCAGUGACAAUUCAAUGUCUCUGGCGAGCCUAGUAAUACUCGACUGCGUAUGUACCGGAUUAUUCAAGGACGAAACAUUGGUCAAGCUUGACUCGAUAGCCCUGUCAGUGUUCAGCUUGCUAGGGGUACUGGUCUCUAGACCCCCAAAAGUAUCUUCGCCCCAUUAUUGGAGAGUUUGGAGGAUCAAGGCGACAAUCACAGAUCGAUGGUCAUCGUUGCGCGACUCUUCAGUAUUCAAACGCAAAGCCCAUCCCGCGAUAUGUAUGGCCUCUGAACUGAUCAAACACAUCUCCUCAGAACUAACGCUCCGCGACAACGUCGAUCUUACGGAAGAGCUGUAUGCUGUCAGGUUCAUGCUCAAGUUUGCAGCGAUGAAAAACUCUUUCUGGGAGGACCUGCAAUUUUCAUCGCGUCGAAAGAUCCUAUUAGCCGUGACGAAGCUCUUAGACAUUAUGGAGCCUUUUUGCCAUCGCAUAAGUCAUGAUCACUUUGGGACUAUGAUGCGUUCUGACGCCAAUUCUCAAAGCGAGAAAUCCUCAUCAAAGAUCAGUCCUGUGGACAAUUUUUACUUCGACUGUAUUGAAGAGAUCAUCGAGUCGCCAGAAGUUCUCAGUCAUCUCGAUGGGGGCACCCAAAACCGCCUCGUGCAGCAGCUUUACUGGGCAUCAGUCUUCCAGCAAAGGUUCUUGGGUGCCGUGAAAGCUGAGAUUGGAUCUGUAACGAGUUGUCUACGAACUUUCCAGGUUGACCGCUACCUGAGCACAUCAGAUUUUGGAGAACCCAAAUAUUGGGACAUUGGAGCCGCGGACUACGUAAUAGCCCUUCGAAGCAUUCAAGUAACUCCUACCAACGCUUUCGAUCGAGGACAGAGGACCAAAUUGGCAAAUCGUGUCCUUCGCAUACUCCUGGUUGCAGACAUGUCGAAACUCACGAGGACCACGGAUCACCUGAUUUUACUGACCAAGCUCAUCCAAAUGCCCAACAAAUCAAUUAACAUACUCACCAAUGAGAACGAAAUGCCAAACAAGGGCUCUGGAAAGCUUAAUGAUGAGAUGGCUCUGAUUAGUCUUGCGCGAGGGAUUGAUAGCGUUGUAGGGUGCUAUCUAUUCACGACGCUCGACCAGAAGAGCACCAUUACAUACCUCCAAGCAUUCUAUGGGCAGAUGGCCCGCUCUUUGGAAAAUCAUUACAAAAAUGACAUCGCCUGUACCACGGCUUUCGCGGCUCUGUUCGAAAUGUCGUUGACCCAUUUUUCUCGUCAUCGAGACGAAUUGCCCGACUCUCUGAAGCCAGCGGGGUUGGACACUACACGUCAGUACCAUCUACAGAGUAUUCUCAACUGUCUCGAUGGUUUAGAUGAGACUAGUCUCACCGAACCGGAGCGUAGACACAGCUGUGGAGUCAACUUGGAGUGUCUGGCCGGCUACUCUGACCUUCUCGCCAUUCACCCCAAUCUACGAGAAAUAUCGGGUCGACUCUUUAGCGGUGACGGGCCCUUCCAGACACUGAAGGCUUUAGACAACCACGAAGAUUUCGAUAGAGCAGCAAUUGCUUACAAAGACUGCUGCAGCAUUGAAUAUCUGGCAGUAUGCCUUGCCAAGGUGGAACUCCGUCUGUAUACGUACGACUACAACCUGCACCCGAACUUGGCAUAUGAAUCUGAACUAUUGAAGAACUUGCACUCACGUCACGAGAUGAAUAACCUUCUAGGCCAUUUCAAAGACGCAAUACCAAGUCUUAGUUUACAAAGCAAGAAAGAGCUUUGUUUCGAUUUUCACAUCGACCCAAAGGAAUAUCUAGACUAUUCCCACUUACUUCGAAUUCAGAUCGGGAUAUUGUCUUUGGGUGGUAAUGCAAAUCCUCGCCCUCUAUCUAACAGGCUGACAGUCCACAAUCCAGAUCAACAGGUGGAAGAGCUUAACGAUGAUUUAUCUCGACUUCUGGUUCUCCUAUGUAGAGGCCUUUCCCAACGAAUUGGGUUUCCUGAAUGCAUGCUAUCAAUGCAGUGCAUCAACAUGCUUUUGCAGAAUCACACGCGCGUCAUCUCGCAAUGGCAUAUCGACGAAUUACUUGCUGCGAUCGCUGUCAAAGCAUCCAACCUAGAUACUCAAACGGAGAAGAACUCAGGCAAGCUCUACAUUGGUCUUUGCAGAUUAUUUGGCACCAUACUCGCCGUUCACCGAGCCAAGAUUGGAGGUCGCUACCACCUGGUGGUGUUGACAUUGCAAGCUCUACUACGAUGCUUGUUCGUCCCAUACAAGGAUAGCGAGGCAGUCGGACGCGAAUCGUCAACUUUUGGAGAGAGUCACGCUGCAGCAUAUGGGCGAAUUCUAACCAUGAUCUGCGAUCCCACUGUCUCGUCUGUCACACGAUCGAGGAACAGAUUGCGACUAGAAUUGAAUGACAAAACGAAGAAAGCACGCAGUAUCGCAGGACAGCAUCUACCGUAUCUGAUUAUGGAGUUUUGUGGAUGCCAGCUCACAGGUCGUCUGCUGCCUGGGAUGAGAGCGGCACUAAACGUGGGCCUGUAUGCAGUCCUUGCGGUCAUUUCGCCUGAUAUCAUGCGGACAAUGAAUGCGGCUAUGGAUUCGAGCAGUCGGUCCGUCUUCAAGGCGCUGUACGAUGACUAUAGGCGGUUUGGCAAGUGGAACGGGGGCUGA